GAUGUCAGUACAUCUGCUGGCCAGCCUUCUGUUGCUGAUCUCCUUGCGAAGACUGUCUGUGUCCCACCUUAUGAUGGAUAUGGCUUUACAUUCCUUUGAUGACCAGUACCUGGGGUGCAGAGAGCAGGUGAUGGAAGAACUGGAGAGAGGAGACUAUUUCCAUAAGGAAAUAGCUGCUAAUAAAAACUAUUUGAGUCUUUGGAAGAAGGCUCAGGAGGCUUUGUUAAAGAGCCCUGUAGGUCUCUUAAGGGAAAUGCAUGAGAGUCACGCCAUAGUCCUCAUGGCUUACACCAUGAAUUCUUCCCUGCACUCUCAGCUGAACUGGGCCACGUCCACAGCAGGAAGCUCUCCAGAGCAGUACAGACACAACUUCAGUUUCAAAUAUUUUCACUUUUACCUAACGACUGCUAUCCAGAUAAUGAAGCAAUGGCAGAGCAGCAAGGAGAACAUGGGGAAACAUAAGUGCUACCGAGUGCAUAGGGGUGUAAAAGACUUACAUAUUGAAGCCACGGUAGGCAGAAGAGUGCGAUUUGGCCGUUUCACUUCUACAUCGCGCCUCUGGAAUGAAGCCCAGAAGUUUGGAAAUGAAACUUUGUUCACAGUGACAACGUGCCUGGGAGCAGCUCUGCAAGGCUUUUCUUACUACACAUCUGAGAAGGAAGUCCUCAUUCCCCCUUAUGAGGUGUUCGUUGUCAAAAACUUCUUGCGGACAGAGUACGGCAACCGGCUGCACCUGCAUUCUGUGGGGAAUUACAGCAAGUACCACUGCCAGCUCUUGGAAGGUACUGCAUAUAGUCCCUUUGGGCAGGUGGGAUGCAGGACAGUCUGUUCUCAAGAACCCCAAUCAGCCCUCAUCAGCUGUACCUAUACAGGGCCACACACAAGGUCCAAUCUGUAGCCUACCUCCUGUGUUUGCCUGUGAGAGCCACAUGACCCAGUUUUCACCCAUUUGUCAUGAAACCUGUGAGACCCUACAGCUCACUGAUGAUUAAUCCACCCGCUACAUAACAGAUCUCAGGGUUCUUUUCGGCGUCCACUUAUCCCAUCUGCCAUUGCAAGGAUGUUGCAGGAUACAUGCGCUGGGGCCCCAGCAUCCCUAUUGCAAUGGCAGAUGAGAUUUUCAGGCAGCCUGAAUUCAGAUAUUAUCCUGGUGGCUUGCAAGGCAGCUACACUUCAGGCCUCAGGAUUACACUGGACUUUGAUCCACCACUACUCUGGCAAGCUCAGGUAAAUAUAAACAAAACUACUGUUGCUUUAGUCCUGUUCUCUCUCCUGUGGCAAAAGAGAGGAGAGGUGCUGAUUGGCAAAGCACAUUCUGUCAGUUUCUUGGCUACAGAGAUAACUGUUCUGUGCUGGAAGACUACAUUGGGUCUGUUCCACAGCCCUGUCCUAAGAGUCCUCCACCAAUAUGGGACUCUUGCUUUUGUCUCUUUGGAAAACAGUGUGUCAGUGCAACCUCUGGGCACAAAACAAUCAUUCAGGAAUGAGAAUUUUUGCCCAGCCCUAAGCCAGAAUAGUAGGUAGACUGGAGAAAGUGUCUCUUUGGGGCAAAUGCUGUUAGCAAGGGCAGGAAGCUCUAAUCAGAUAAAGGAGGUCUAAAUGACUGCUCUCU